UGAUUGGCUGGAGCCGGCUGUGGGCGGGACGAGUAGAAGCCGGCCAGACGGCUCGCGCGGGCUGGGGUCAGAAGCCAGUUGAAGUUUGCGAGAGCUUGGGGUUCUUUGAAGAUUCUUCAAUCACUAUGUCAUCCAACACAGAUGUUUCUAUUUCUUCAUAUGAUGAAGAUCAGGGAUCUAAACUUAUUCGAAAAGCUAAAGAAGCACCAUUUGUCCCCAUUGGAAUGGCGGGGUUUGCAGCAAUUGUUGCAUAUGGAUUGUAUAAAUUGAAGAGCAGGGGAAAUACCAAAAUGUCCAUUCACCUGAUCCACAUGCGCGUGGCAGCCCAAGGCUUUGUUGUGGGAGCAAUGACUGUUGGUAUGGGCUACUCCAUGUAUCGGGAAUACUGGGCAAAACCAAAACCUUAGAAGAGACGCUGCCUUGGUCUGGUUGGUGAUGUUUGCUAUAGCUAGACAUCUCAUAUUGAGGUUAUAUGUUUAUGUUGAAAAUAAAUUGUUUGGGUCAGACAAUAACACGGUAAUUUGACUGUUGGCUUCCUUUCUUGCAGGCUUGUUUGCCUGUUGACUAAAUUACUAGUGACUAGUUCACUAACUAGGUUGUUCAGGGGAGUCAAGUUAGCACCUAAGGAAAGUGUCACUUUUAAAUGCACUGGAUUGUGGUAAAAUGUCCACCUUGUUAAACCCUUCUGAUGAAAUUCGUUCUAAAAGAAGACAACAUGCCAAUCCCAAAGUACUCCCAGUUGCUGCAGAACAUCACAUGCUUUUGGUGUUAUGUAGGAAUCCCAUUUGUCCCUGUUAAUUUAACUUUUUUCUGCCUACCUUAUGGACUGAAGGAGCACUUCAGUUUUUAGGGCUGGUUGGCUCUUGAAGAACUCUUUCAGAACAGUGCAUGGCAUGCAAUGUUACAAGCUUCCCCACACUGAAAAUGUGUGUGUGUGUGUGUGUGUGUGUGUGUGUUUAACCCAAACCUAAAUUGCCGAUAGCAGUGCUACUAAAAAGUAGUAUUUAUUUCAGGAUCAUACUUGUAAACAGGAGAAUAACUUAAUUGUGGAUCUCAGAUUAGGUCUUUCGUAAUUGUGGAAUUGUAUUUUUGCUGCUAUUAUAUUAGAAUAAUAUUUUAAUGUCAUCUUAAAAUAGAAACAUGUAUUUUAAGUGCUAAUACAAAAUAAUGAAAAACAUUUUUAAAAUGUGUGCUGUAUGUUUAUUUUCUCUGUAACAAUUAUAAAUGUUAAGCUAAACAAAUUACCUAUAAUGGAAAUGAGUAAUGAUUUAUGAGCAAGCCAGCCAGACAUAUACAAACUUUGAUGUACUAUAGAGGGCUUUCCUGUACUUGUGAAAUUCUCUUGUCUAACCUGAAUUUACAUUCCAUGGUGACAACAUGGUAAAUGUAGUGUUAUUAAAGUAAAUGAACACAUCA